AUGGCGGAGUACCCCGAGGUCGGCAUGAGGCUGCAUGCUAUGUACAAGGGGGAUGGUAAUUACUCUCCGGCCACCGUUGCCAGCCUAGCACUCGACGCUUGGGUAUCCGUCAAUCUGCUCAAGUCGAAGGCCUUACCGAAGAAGCCGGAGAAGCCUCCCAAGGCUGCUGUCAAGAAGAAGCUGGCUCCCAAAGCCAAGGCGAACUCUGCAAAGCCGAAGCCGAUGGACUGUUCGAGAGCGAAGAAGGGCAUGCGUGUCCAGGAUGGAAAGUACUGGGCAGCGCCCAUCAAGGUGACCUUCAUGGGCUACGACAAGCAGUAUGAUGAGUGGCUUGGAGCCGACCGGCUCCACUCCAAGGCCAUUGUCCCGUGCAAGGAGAAGGAUGCUAAGGACCUGGGAGCCACGAAGACUGCUGCAAAUAGCAUCAAGGCCGCUCCAGAUAAGACGAUAAAGGAUCUGGGUGCCAGUCUGUUAGCAACUGCGGCCAGCGCGGUACCAGAGCCUGGGGUUGCCCCAGCCGUCGAAGUGCCUGGUGUCACCAUGCAGGAGGAGCUCGGGCAGCGAGAGGAUACCUCGGAGCCAAAGGGUGUCGAGGCGGAGGAAUAUUUGCCAACUCUCCUGACGCCCGUGAUCCGCGAAUUCGUGGCAGAUGGGAACCAGUCGUUCCUGGAGCUGCCGAGGAUGGGCGAAGGGGCUCGCCGCAGCGGUUCCUUUACCGCCGGAUAUGGAGUGGCGGCAACAGCUGCCCCCAGUAUGGAUCUGGCUAUGAGAAUGGCAGCUUAUUGGUGGCGUGCAGCUACAAUGGCUACUCCACCAACAACAGCCACGACCAUGUGGGAUGUUUGGGUUUUGGAGGAGGUGGUUGGUCCAUCUUGUGGACAACCUCCGCAAUUGGACAGUUUUCGUUAG